AUGCCAUUUGACGAUACUAAGGGGCUACAAAUUGCCAUUGAAGAGGCCAUCACUGGCCGUGAUGAAGGUGGUGUUCCUAUUGGAGGAUGUCUCGUUGAUGAAGAUGGGAAAGUUCUUGGACGCGGCCACAACAUGAGAAUUCAAAAGGGCUCCGCAACACUCCAUGGUGAGAUCUCUACUCUCGAAAAUGCUGGUAGACUUAAAGGCAACGUCUACAAGAGCUGUACCAUGUACACCACACUUUCCCCUUGUGACAUGUGCACAGGUGCCAUCAUCAUGUACGGUAUCAAGAGGGUGGUCAUGGGUGAGAAUGACACCUUUGUCGGUGGGGAGGACUACUUGAGACAGAGAGGUGUUGAGGUCAUCAACAUGGAUAACCAACAGUGUAAGGACCUGAUGGCACAGUUCAUCAAGGAGAAGCCUGAAGAGUGGAACGAGGAUAUCGGCACUGAAUGAGUACGUUUACCUUUAGAACCUUGUUGACUAUUUAGUGGCACCAUUAAACAAACAAAACAAGACAUGACAUAAGCACUAUAGG